AUGUUUCCUUUCUGGACUACCGAGUCAAGGGGAAGUGACAAGGCCUUAACGUUAGAUGCAAAAAGCCAUCCUACACUUUUGGAUCGUGGCGAACCAUCCGUGUCCACCGUGUCCGCCCUUCCGACCGCGUCGGGUCUUCCGACGCCCAUCUCUCCCGCACCCACCCACUCACUGAAGCGAAGACGGCCCAGCGCUGUUGACACCGCUUCCCAUGUUAAUGGUCACUCGUCCUCAAAACGCAUCAAGACAGAGCAGGAUGGUGGUCUACCUUCACCGGCCUCGGCCUAUGCAGAUGGGGAUGAGGCGGCAAGGUCGUCUACGCCCGCCGCCUCGGGGCCCAACCUAGAACGUGCAAAGGACGUCAUCCAAUAUCAAUUUGGACUUGAAAUCCUCAUGAAGCAUGACGAGCUCCGUCUUAUCAACCAGGAGCUGGCCAAGUGUCAGAUUGCUCUCGAGCAGCUUCGCCGGUGUCAUCUCAUCCCCUAUCCUGUCCAAUGUCCGACACCCAGUCAGAUGCUGGACAUCAGCAGUGGCGAGGGUCCUGCUCUUCAGUCGAAACCAGGAGAGUCCGUACCGAAGUGGGCGCCACCCUUCGGGGUUGUUGACGGCCCGUAUGCUCGGCACUACGCUAAGUGGCUGAUACCCGAUCCCAUGUUUGACGGUAUUCAACCGGAACCAGUCGUGGAGACUGCCCGGGCAAGGAACGCCGUCGCUGAAGGCAGAACGACGAGGAAUAGCAUGUCUGACGCAGGUGGUCUAGGAAAACAACGCUCUGCCCGUGGACAGGGCACCCAGAAACUCCAAGCGUUAUCCAGUGGAUAUUCGCAUCCCAAGGACAAAUCAUUGCCUUGCAUUGUGAAACGGUCGGAUGGGUUGACGGUUAAGCUUGUCUGCAUUGAUUGUGAAAGGUGGAACUUCUCGAGCACGCAGGGCUUCAUCAAUCACUGCCGUAUAGCCCAUCGGAGAGACUACAAGAGCCACGACGAAGCCGCCCUUCAUUGCGGGCAGCCGAUUGACGUUGAUGAGAAUGGAGGUAUUGCUCCCGAGGAAAAGAAGCCAUCGUCUGCCAUCGCUCCAAUCGCCCCAGCUACUACCAGUUCCGCUUUGGUGCACCCGCUGGCACGCAGCGAACCACUCUCGGAGCAGCAAGCAUACAAGGCAUUGCUCUCGCGCAUCAAUGCGUCACUCGAGCUAUACCAUGCUGGUCAGCUACCGGAUGUGAAGAAGAUCCCAACGGCUCCAUCAGCAUCGAACUCGGCUUCCCCCAAGUCACAAGGCUUUGUUGGGUCGUCUGAAACGCCGUUUCUGUCGAAACUGAUGCAAAAGAAGAAACUGGGGGGUAAUCUGCAUGAUAAGGUAAAGGAUGCAAAGACCAAGGUAGAUUGGGACGCAGUUCUUUCGCGUAACGAUUCUGAAGACACCGAUCAGUCGAAUGCUGCAGAAGGUGCUACGAGCUCCAAGAAGGCUGCUGCGUCAACAGCGCGGACAUCAACCGUCAUGCGUAAGCCGGCCUCGUCUACCAUUUCUCCUCCACCGUUUUCCAGGAUUUCCACUUCCCCCGUCCCUCUACCAGCAACGAGCAGAGGUCGUGCUCCGGCCCACUUGGUCAGCUUGCCCAUCACAGCUACUAGGCAGAGCAACCCACCAGAUCUUCCCGAGACGCCUUUGUAUGAGGACGAUAUGGAUACGGAAUUGAGUCCGAACACCGUCGCUAGCAAUAAUGCGCCCUCACUUGUUAGUGAUGAUGGGGAGUAUGAUGAUUCCGACGAUGGAUCUUCCUCCGACACCAGCGAUGAGGCUGAAACUCGGUCCGUCCCGGAUGUGGCAGAAAUCAACAUCGAAGAAGAGGUCCAUGACGUGGUUGUCGCGCCUAGCGCCCCAAUUUGCCAGCACCGAAAGGAAACCACGACCGACAGAACAGGUACCGGAAAAUUCAAGAAGGACGAGAGCCGACAUGUGACCUUUGUGACACCUAUUCCUCCCCCGAAGCCGAAAACCAAGGCUAAAACCACGGCUAGUGGCGGGAACAGACGCAAGCAGAAGUCUUAG